AGUAAAGUAUGAAAAAUGUCAUUUUCAAUGUAACGUUAAUAUUAAGAAAUGUAAAGACCACAGUUUGUAUGAAGGUUUCAUAGUUAUAGUUUCAAAGCCUAAGUCAAUGAGAGCUUUUUUCCAUGUGGGCAUCCCACCUGUUUCCUGCUAUUCUUCCACAGGAAGCUCAGGGGGCCGCAGCCAUUUUUUCCCUCAGACCAGAGCUCAGCGCCCACUGACACACACCCAAACACACGCUUCUCAGCGGGACUUAAUAAUACUAUGAGCACUCCCUCAUGUGUUACUAUUAUAUCCAACAGGAAACAGAUUUGGACAGAGUGAUUAGUACUUCAACCAAAUUCACUCGCUCAAGAGCAUUUAUCUGCUUACUUUUUCAUCUUUUGACACAUAUUUCAUUACCGUAAUUAUAUCCUGAUAUCUGGAAUACAUACGACUGGUCCUGCGUAUGUGGAUGAGAGUAAAACCCAUUUGGAUUGAGACAUGGAACGGCUCUUUUUUCUUCUCACUGCCUUGUUUGCAUCUUCAUCCAUAAUCUCGGCAGGAAAUGACACAAACGUACCAACUACGGUGCUUCCCAACACAACUGCUACGUCUCCAUGGUCUAUUGAUUCAACAACAGAAGUCCAAACUGAAAAAACAGUGCCUUUUGCAUCUAAAUCUGAGGAUGACAUGACCAACCACACCUCAAAUACUGUGAACACAACCUUCGCUCCUGUAUCCUCCAACUACACAAGCAGUACUGUUGGACUGGGCCUCUCUUUGCAUAGCACAUCAGAACAGUCCAUCAUCACCAGCUCCACAUUAACAACAACAAAAUCCUACACAAACACAGCUCUAAAUUCCAGCUCAUCCCCAGCAGCCAAAAUAACAGGCAUUACUGAUGGAUCCGGUCUCUCUUCAGAUAACACAUCAGUGGGGGUUUUUGUACUUCCGACAACAGUUAAUUCAAACAUCAGCAUGUCAGAGGUGACCGCAACACCUUCACAGGCACCAGACAGCGGUCUCACUCUACUUGCCUUUGGUGUGAUGAGCCUUAUACUCAUUUUAAUUGUUGUCAUGGUGGUCUUGGUGACUGCUAUCAACCUCAGGGGACGGUGUAGAAAUUCCAAACAGCACGAAGGUAUGAAAAGCCGUGAUUCUGUGUUGUCUGACAGCAACAUGACCAGCACCUGUGAGAAAGAGAGCAUUACUCUCGUCUCUGUAAGGACAAUAAACACAGAAAACAACUUCACCUAUCUUCUGUGCAGAUACAGAUUCUCCCCAGAUGUCUUCGGUUCACAGCACUAUAGUGGACAAUGAAGAUCAAGAAUUUACCAGAGACUUGCUGGGCAUCAGAGACGGACUGUAAUUUCACCUCAGUUCAUAGUGCAUGAGAUUAGAGGCAGCAUACUGUAUUUAUAAUGUUUAAUGAAUGUGAACGAAUGGGCAUCUGUAGCUAAUUGUCAGUGUGUACAGAUCACACAUCAUACUUAUGACAUAUAUUGGUGCACUGCAUAUAAAAUGACCCCUGUGUCAGACAUGCUCUCAUGACACAUCAUUCAUAAAUAAAAUCUCACUUUUG